GGGGUUGGAAGCAGCUGAGAGCAGUGCGAGUAGGUCACACCGUCGACCACAGUGGCAGUCUGCGUUUGGCAAACGGCUCGACUGCCCAUCGAUAACAUGAGCUCUUCGGGAACGGCCGGUCGAUCGACGAAUUCCCGCGCAGGGAUGGCAAGGAGCAAAAGGAUCGAGUUUUUCGCGGGCAGACUCGUUUGAAAAAGAAAGAGAUAGGUGGAGAUAAAACACCGCGUGGCCUCUUACAAUUGCUACGAGUCGUCGUCGCGUUACCAUACACUCGUUCACUCGUCUCUUCUCUCUUCGGGGACAUCGAUAGAGAAAGAGAAGGACGUGCUACGUACUAUUAGUUUGCUUUGACUUCUACUUCCUCUACUUCUUCUACUUCUACUACCGUUUCCUCCUCUGCUUCUUCUUCUUCUUCUUCUUCUUCUUCUUCGACUGUACUUCUGUGGGACACUUGUAUCGAAGGGGAAAAGAGACAACGUGCGAGCGAACGAGCGAGAGAGAGAGAGAGAGAAAGAGAAAGAGAUAGAUAUAGAGAAAAAGAUAGUGAAAGUGAUUCUUUCGCGAGCAUCCCUCUCUCUCCUCGCACGUUUCGAGAACUCAUGCUACUUGGAGCUUCUGCGAGACACGUGUGUAUCAUCUUCGUUUCCUCCUCCUCUACUUAAUUUUCUUCUACUUCUUCUUAAUCCACCAACAUCGAAGAAAACUUGCACUUAAUGUCGACGGAACGCAGCGGAACGUUGUUGCAACGUUGUUGUUGUUAUUAUUGUUAUUGUUGAUCCUUGUUGACAUCGAACGCAAAUAUAUAUUGAUGAAUGUACUUGCGUGUCGGCCAUUCGUACUUGACGAGACUUACGUAAGAUCUACGAAAAAGAUCUAGAAGGAAAAGACCCUUCGUGAAUGAUCGAAAGAUAACGCGAAAGCGCAAGUAUACUUUCUCUAUCUUAAUCGAGUAAAUCGUUAGCCGAAGAAGAAAAAGAAGCACGGAGAGAAAGAAAGAAAGAAAUACGACGGAAGGUUAAUCGACGAUCGAAGAGAGUCCCGAGAAGCGGCUGACAUCGCGAGUUUGAUAUAUUGCUCUUUCUUCCUUUUUUUUUGUUUUUCUUACGAACGGACACACGCCUUUUCUCUAUUUCUCUUUCUCUAUUUCAUAUCUCUCUCAUCAAGCUCUUUGGCCGCUCCUUUUACCAUUUCUCUAGCUCGCUUGGAUGGAUAUCGAAUGAUAAGACCAUCGACUACUGGCGUCGAUACGCUAGGAAGAAUCUUUCGGCUGGAAUAAACGUUUUCGAGCGAAUCCAAGGAAGUCAUAAAAAUAAAAAAGAGAGAGAGAUAUAUAUAUAUAUACGUAUACACACACGUAUCUCUAAAGAGAGAUGGAAUAUCAAAGAGAAGUAGUCAUCUUUUGGACAUGAAAUAAAAGAAAGGUACAAAGCCGUAAGAGAAGAUCUUCCUGUUCUUUUUCCUCGUUCGACGAAAUUUUUGGAAAAUUUCCACCAUAUUUUUCAUCCGUACGUGAUAUCGAGAUAAUUUCUGUUACGAAGAAGAGUUAUGCGAGGAAAAAGGAAAGAGGACGUAUAUUAUCGCUUUGACAUUAUUACGGAGGAGAUAAACGAAUCAUGAGAGGUGAAACGUAUACAUCGAAGACAUCGAAGAAACGAGCUCUCGCGGAGGAGGAAGAGCCAAGUGUCGUAAAAUAUACGGCAGUCGAAAGAUAAAAGUCAUCGAAGAUUACGUUGUGGAGGGUAGCGCCAGAGUGCUAUGUUAUAGUUACUCUUACGUGUCCGUAAGGAAGUCCCUUGAACAACAGCAACUUUUUAUCGGACACUUUGUCACUCUCUUCUCUCGUCCAUCGUUGCUUUUAUCGAAUCAGCAGCAGCAGUAGCAGCAGCAGCAGCAGCAGCAGUAGCAGUGGUAACAGCAACGGUACCACCAGCAGGACGAAGAUGGAGAUCGCUGCGUCCGCUAUGUUGGAUGGUUUGAAGAACAAUCGGAUCAGCAAGUUGGCCCUGUCUCGAUUCUUGUCGCAGAGUCUAGCGCAGUUAGAAACAACCGGUAGCCCGGCAAGCAAAACACCAGCCGGCGGCAGUGCUGGUCCUGCUAGCAGUGCAGGUGCAAGUGCAACCGUAGCUGCUCCAGGUAGUGCAAGUAAUGUCGGUCCAAGUGCCGAACCACGUACUCCAACGGCUGGACCGCAAAACAAGCAGCUCCAAAAUGUUAAAGGAGAUCACCCCUCGAAAGCCUUUCUGCAAAGCAGAUCCAUCUCCUUGGUCGACAUGUACAUUGAUAAUUCGGAACCCAGCGAAAGCGUCGGCCAAAUUCAUUUUAGCCUGGAAUAUAACUUCCAGAAGACUACGCUCAUUCUAAACAUCAUACAGGGUAAGGAUCUACCCGCAAAGGAUUUGUCUGGGACGUCUGAUCCGUAUGUACGCGUGACGCUACUUCCUGACAAAAAGCAUCGUCUCCAGACAAACAUCAAAAGACGCACAUUGAAUCCGAAAUGGAACGAGACGCUUUAUUUCGAAGGUUUUCCUAUUCAAAAGUUGCAAAGCAGAGUACUGCAUCUUCACGUCUUCGAUUACGAUCGAUUCUCAAGGGACGACUCCAUAGGAGAAAUUUUUCUACCACUUUGUCAGGUCGAUCUAUCGGAGAAGCCAUCAUUUUGGAAGGCUCUUAAACCACCGGCUAAGGACAAGUGCGGAGAACUUUUGUGUUCGUUGUGCUAUCAUCCGAGCAAUUCGGUGCUUACGUUGUCUCUCUUGAAAGCGAGAAAUCUCAAGGCCAAAGACAUUAACGGGAAAUCAGAUCCUUACGUCAAAGUCUGGCUACAAUUCGGCGACAAGAGGAUCGAAAAACGCAAAACACCGAUAUUCAAAUGCACUCUCAAUCCUGUAUUCAACGAAACGUUUGCGUUCAACGUACCAUGGGAAAAGAUCAGAGAGUGUUCACUCGACGUUAUGGUCAUGGAUUUCGAUAAUAUAGGACGUAAUGAACUUAUUGGCCGCAUACAACUCGCAGGUAAGAACGGAAGCGGAGCGAGCGAGACGAAACACUGGCAGGAUAUGAUAACGAAACCAAAACAAACUGUAAUACAGUGGCAUCGUUUGAAGCCCGAAUAAAUAAUCAGCAAGGAGAAUGAUCUUUGCCGAUCGUACGUACGAGCGAAUUCGGCCUCCGAGGAGAAACGAUUCGUCCGAAGGGGGAUCGUUCGAGGAUGAUGACGAUAACUACGACGACGACGAUAAUGACGACGAAGACGAGGACGACGACGACGACGACGACGAUGACGAUGAACGCGUUUCGAUCGAUCGUUUCGUAUGGAAAAAUUCAAUCUAAAAAUAAAAGAAAAAAAGAAAGAAAGGAAAGCGAAAAACAACGUCAGGGAAAAAACGACGUAUCCUCGUCGAUAUAUAUAUAUGUAUGUAUGUAUGUAUGACGUAUGUGUAUAUAUAUAUAUAUAUAUAUAUCCAUUUGUCGCGGAUAUAUAUACUGAUAUUCAUACGUAUACGUACACACUUAAAAUAUGUAUAUCCGUAUAGAAAAAUUCCAUACAAACGUUAAUACAUACAAACAUACACACCACAUUAUUGGACACGUUCACACUUAUAUAUAUCAUAUGUAUACUAGGAAUGGCGCGAAGAAGGGACGAACGAUAAAAAGAAAAUUCCCCGAUAAGGACAAGUUCGAAACGAUAGAAGAAGAGAGUGCGUUUAAGGGAUAUAUAUCGUAAGGAGUGGAUGAAUAUGUACGUGCGUGCGUGGCUGUGUGUAUGCGAGAGAGUAAGAAAGAGAGAGAUAGAGAGAAUGAACGAUCCUUAAUCGCAACGUUAAUUGACAUUGGUCGUGGGUUGCGAAGUAAAUUUCUUCGAUCGACUGUUCCCGAGAGAGCAGGAUCAAGAGAGAGACAGAGAGAGAGAGAGAGAAAGAGAAAUUAAAGGGAAAAGGAAAAUCACGUUUCCUUAGCGAAUAAAGUAACGAAGAAAAAAGAAAAAGAAGCAAAAAAAAGAAGAAAUCCAAAAAGUAAAAGAAAAAGAGGAUAAGAAAGAGAUAAAGAGAUUUAGUAAGCUGUUAUCUUUCUCAGAGACGUUGUUGACCGUUUUGUAUUUUCGAAAGUACCGCCAGUAAUUUUUAAAACGAAUAUUCGCGCGCGCACCCCUCCUCCCCCCGCCCCCGCCCAAGUUCAUUAUAGUGAGAGAUAGUUUUUAACGCUAAGGUAAUUUUUAUAUAUGAAUACAUUUCUGCUGCCGAGCGAGUAAUUUUCUAAUCGCGCGUUGACGCUAAUUAUAUUUAAUUUAUCAUUUUUCUUAUCAUUUUCAACUGCACAUUAACAUUAACGAAGGUUGAAAGGGAAAUUGAAAUAUAGAUUUUACCAAAAAAGAUAAAAAUGAAAGAUUAAAGAAGAAGAAAAGGAAAGAAACGAAACGAGCGCAAGAGUGACAUAUGUUACAAGUGAAACAUAUGUUAAAGAGUGACAUAUGUUAAAAGUGAAAAGUAAAUUUAAAAAAUGAAAAAAAAUAUAUAUAUAUAAAAAGAAAAUAUAAAAAAAAAGUAAAAAAAAGAAAUUACUUUUACUUUGCUAUUACCCGUAGAAGGUAAUCUUUCUAUUUCUUUCUUUCCGUUUUUAAUCCGUUUAAGAAAAAUAUAAGAGAAUCGUUAUUUAGAUCAAGUAAAAGUUUGAUUCGCUCGAACAAAAUGAUCAUAAUUUUUGAAUAGUAGCUAUUGUAGUAGUAUCAGCCAACACAAAAGGGAUGAAAGAUAUAUAAAGAAAAAGAGAAAGAUAUUUUUAACGAGAAACUUUUGUAUCGAAGCCGGACGUGAUUUCUUGGGAGGGGUAGGGGGACAUUUUUCGAGCGGUAAAUUGUGAUCGGUGUACCUUAUACACUUCUUAACAAAAAAUACAGGAAAAAAAAAAUUGGAGAAGAGAGUUGAUAAAGGAGAAGAAAAAAAAAGUCUAUUGUUACAUUAUACCUGAUAUUCUGCUGUUAAUAACAAUAAUGUAGAUAAUCCCCGUCGAAUAAAAUUCGAUCGCGAAUUUUGCUUGGUACACGCUCGCUCUUCGAGCGUAUCUCUCUUAACGGCACGUACGGGAUAAGAGAAGAGGAAACGAAAAACUGAGAAAGGCAAAAGCUAUACUCGCUAUAAAAAUAUAUAAAUACAGGACGUAAAUCAAUUAUAGAUACGAAACCCUUACUUGUAACCGAUUACUACAAAGUAUUAUUAUCGAUAUCCGUUAAGAAGACAUUCGUAUCCAUAAUUUAUAUGCAGUCCUGUAUUAAAAACGAAGAUUUUUCGUGGAUCCAAACAAACGCGUUUCCUCAUUUCGAUCGAUCGAACGACCGUCGUCGCUUAGGGCUCGAAGAUAUCAAAAUAUCACGAGAUAUAUCUGUAUGUAUAUGUAUGUAUAUCGCGAUUAUGGUAAUAUACUGGCACGUUUUUUAUCUUUCGCCACGUUACUUCCUCAUUUUGCGUGUUGCGAAAGCGUAUGUAAGUAAGGAAUGAGAACAAAGUGAUACGUUCCGAUGGAAACUCGGAUUAAAAAGAGAGAGAAAAAAAAAGGAAAAAAAAAAAAAGACAGGAUACACGGUCGUUUUCUUUCGAAAGCCCCUAAAAAACUACUCUAAAAGGAAAAUUCUCUAUUACGCGAAUAUUUUUACAAAUACCUACGGAGUUAGCUUAACAAAGUAGCUACGUAAACGAAGAAGCGACGUUGUACGUUUUCAUAAUCGAAGAUCGAUCUCUCCUGUCGCGUCUAAAACGAGACUUAUUGUGUGCACAAAAAGAGAGAGAGAGAGAGAGAGAGAGAGAGAGGAAGAGAGACGGAUUGCAUACCGUAAGGGGUUAGUACGUAAAAAAGAAAAAAUAAAUAAAUAAAUAAAAAAAUAAAAAGAGCGAAUAAAUUAGUCUAUGAUAUGAAUAUAUAUAAUAUAUAUUUAUGUAUUAUAUAUAUUAUAUAUAGAUUAUAUAUACAUAUAUAUAUAAAAUGUGAGUAAAUGGUUAUAUAAUGAAUAUAUUAUAUAAAACCAAUAUUUCUGUGUUGCCAGGGAGUUCUGCUCCCUGAAUCCCCGACGAAAAAGCUUUGCUUUUUCGCAAUAGGUAUGAUCGAUGUAGUUCCGUCAUCGUGAUGAUUUUCUUUCUGCAUAAUAGUACACUCGUUUUAAUCGUUCCGCUUUUAUGCGUUAGGCACGACCGCCACUGUAUAUGCCAUAUUUUAAUAUCGUUAUAAUAUCUUCGUAUCGAAACAGCGCGUCACACAAUUAUAAAAAUAAUCGAUCGAUUUGUUUGAAAUUUUACGCAAUACCUCUUCAUGUGCCAUAAAAGUCGUUUAUAAAAUUUAUUUAUAUCUUGGAUUCCGAUCAAUUUUUGUUGCUGUGAAUCAAAAAAAAAAAAAGGAAACAAAUAGAUAAAAAAAAAGAGAGAGAGAGAGGGAAAGAAAGAAAAGAAUUUGAGACACGUUACACUUAGAUUUAGAAAAGAACAUUCAUAAUUCGUGCAGAACUUGAAACAUAAUUGAAAAAUUGUAUUUUUAUCGAGUGUUAAAGCGAGGCAACGCUUUUCGCGAUGGCGAUUACAUAAAGAAACUCCAUGCGGUCGUGCCUAAAAAGUAUUGGAGUAGCACAAAAGAUUAGGUAAUAUUUGUAUGUCGUAGCCUGUAUACAUUGUAUAUACGUAUAAGAUAAAAGAAGAAAAGAAAAAAAAUGUUUCCCGGUUUAUCGAUCAUGCACGUUAAAAUGAUGGUAUUACGUGGUGUUUAUUAGAAAUCUCAAAUUUAAGAAGUUUCAGAGCCCGGUCGUUUAGUUGAAAGUUUUGUGGAAAAUUGUUGCUGUUAACUAAUGGAAAAAGAAAAAAAAAAUUAUCUAGUACUACUAUGUGAUUAAUUAGUAUUCCGUAUAUACAGGGUGACGCGAAGGAAACGCAGUAAUAUUGGAUAUUCGUCGUAAUAGAAUCGAUUGUAAUCGCAUUGUGUAUGUAUAUAUUUAAGAAAGCUUCGAUCGAAGUCAUCGAUAUCGUUUAUUCGUCUAUUUUCAUUAUUUUAUGAUCGGCGCAUUAAAUCGACUCAUACUAAUUAAUUAACUCAGAGAAAAUAAAGAGAAAAAAGAAGACGUACGUGUUGCAUACCUUAUAGAAAAUUAUCAUCAAAAUUCAAAGAUCGUGCCAAAAGAAUUUUAAUCGAUGAAAUGUUUGGUAGACGAUAGUCUCUUUUCUUUCGUAUUUGUUUUCUCUCUUUUUAACAAGACUUUUACACGUUACUCGCGUACGAUUCUUUUUCCUUUUAAUUUAACUUAACUAUUAAUUUCGACUUUUAAUUUAUUUAUUAAUCUUUCCUUUACACCAAAUAUAUCGAUGCUCCGUGUUUUUAAUUUAUUUCAUUCAUUUUAAUAAAUGUUUUUAAUUUUAUUUUAUUCAAUAAUACAUUUAAGUAUCUCUGAUAAAAAUUUUGUUAUCAUUUAAAUAGGAUAACUUUGUCUACUACGUUUAGUACUCGCUUUAAUUUAUACUUUGAUACCGCAAGACAACGAUUCGGUAGCUUGUUCGAAGUAGCCGAUAAAAUCUACGCGUACCACGAAGAGUAACGUAAACUGUGGCUUCCUAGGUUUAAAUAUCCUAGGCUUCUUUUUUCGUCGUGUCAAAUCGUUGACCAUGAUUUUAACGUUCGUUACAGACUGGGUUUAACAUUUUAAUGCUUAAGUACCUAUCGUAAAUGCGAAAGAAAAUAUCGUGUGUGUUAUAUAGGGAUGCUAAUUUAUAUCGUGAUACAUGUAUGUCAAAGCGUAGGUAUUAAUACAAAAACAACAACUACAACAACAUGAACACAAGAGUAAAGUUAAAUGAGAAGAUGAAAAAAAAACGAUUGAUCAUGCGUACGCGAUAAAUGAUGAAUGAGAGAGAGAAAGAGGGAGAGAGAGAGAGAGAGAGAGAGAGAGAGAGAGAGAGAGAGAGAGAGAGAGAGAGAGAGAGAGAGAGA